AUGUCUAACAAGAUCUGGUUGCGUGCUGAAACCAAGCCCGCUGAGGCGCGGUCUGCCCUUACCCCCACCACUUGCAAGGCUCUUAUCGAUGCCGGAUACGAAGUGACCGUCGAGCGCUCGACGCAGCGAAUCUUUGAUGAUGAGGAAUUCGCCAAGAUUGGCGCGCCGUUGGUUGAGGAAGGCUCUUGGGUGAAGGAUGCCCCCAAGGAUGCUUACAUUCUGGGUCUCAAGGAGUUGCCCGAAGAGGAAUUCCCCCUCGAGCAUGUCCACAUUUCGUUCGCACACUGCUACAAGCAGCAGGGUGGUUGGGAGAAGGUUCUCAGCCGGUGGCCCCGUGGAGGUGGCCUCCUUUUGGACCUGGAGUUCUUGACCGAUGAUGUUGGACGCAGAGUUGCUGCUUUCGGAUGGUCCGCUGGAUAUGCAGCAGGCUCCGCAUUGGCUGUUAAGAACUGGGCAUGGCAGUUGACUCACCCCGCAGGCGAGUCUCUGCCUGGCGAAACCCCUUAUGCCAACCAGGACUUGUUGAUCGAGUCGGUUAAGGAGUCUCUCGAGGCUGGCAAGAAGCAGUCUGGCCGCUUGCCCAAGGUCCUUGUCAUCGGAGCUCUUGGACGUUGCGGUAAUGGUGCUGUGCAGCUGGCCAAGGAUGUCGGUAUCCCCGAGUCCAACAUUAUCCAGUGGGAUAUUCAAGAGACUAAGAAGGGUGGACCCUUCAAGGAGAUCGUCGAGGAUGCUGAUAUCUUCGUCAACUGCAUCUACCUCUCCGCCGAGAUCCCUCCUUUCGUCAACGUGGAAACCCUCUCGUCCCCCAGCAGAAGCCUUUCUGUCGUCUGUGACGUGAGCGCUGAUACCACUAACCCCCACAACCCCAUCCCCAUUUACGACAUCACCACCACCUUUGACAAGCCUACCGUGCCCGUCACUUUGCCGGCUGGCACCCAGGGCCCCCCUCUGAGUGUGAUCAGCAUUGACCAUCUCCCGUCUCUCCUUCCCCGUGAGAGCUCUGAGAUGUUCAGCCAGGCUUUGAUGCCCAGCUUGUUGCAGCUCAAGGACCGAUCCAACGCCCGUGUCUGGAAGCAGGCCGAGGACCUUUUCAACGAGAAGAGAAACACGGAGAUCCGAAGAAUCCGUCGUGGGAGUCGGACUGUUGUGAGCGCGACGGGCGCUUGGCAUAAGACGAGGAGAACAGACGGACAGGUUCGGGCAAAAGACGGAGUAGCAUUGAUGCAGGAAAAACCAACGACGGUCGCCGCAUAUGCGGCUGGGGCCUCCCUCGCUGCGGUCGCCCUGUUCUACGUCUUCGGCCCCAACUACACAAUCGAUGGGGAUGAGUCGAGUGAUAGCUAUCGCAAGAAGAAUGUUGUGGGACUGUCAAAUCCGGCUAAUGACUGCUUUAUCAAUUCGGUCUUACAGGCCCUUGCCGGUCUUGGGGAUCUACGGGUUUAUUUGAUAAGGGAGAUUCAUCGACGCGAGCUGGAUGGACCCGAGGUAUACAAUUCGCUGCCAGAUUUGGGUGAGAUUUCGCGGGGGCAAAACCCGGACAAAAUUCGGGAGUUGCAGCAGGGAACAAUUACCAGGGCACUCAAAGAAAUGCUGGACCGACUGAAUGAGCGCCCGAUCUACAAGAAGACUAUUUCUGCACGGGCUUUUGUUCAGGCCCUCGAGUUUGCCUUCCGGACGCGCAUCAGCCGCAACCAGCAGGAUGCACAGGAGUUCCUGCAGAUCGUGGCUGAGCGGCUCUGUGACGAGUAUCAUGCCGGUGUCAAGGCACGUCAGAGGGUGCAAGGUUCUCUUGGAACGCCUGCGGGUUCGGGCACUUUGGAACCUGCCCAGGACGUCGACACAUCGAAAAACGGAGCCGAGGUCGAGGUUCGGAUCGAUGAUGGAACUGAAAACGGCCUUCCUGCGAUUAUUGACUCGAAGCUGAAGGAUAUUGACAACGAGUACGGUUUCCCAUUCGAAGGUCAACUGGAGUCUCAGAUCGAAUGUCAAUUCUGUCAUUAUGAGUAUAAGCCGAACAAGACGUCCUUUGUCAACCUGACACUGCAAGUACCGCAGAAGAGCUCCACAACGCUCAGCUCUUGCUUUGAUGGUUUGCUCAAAACAGAGCAUAUCGAGGAUUUCAAAUGCGAUCGAUGCCGACUGCAGCAUGCUCUGGAUGUGAAGAACCACGAACUGGCUAGGACCCGUUCAGGGAAGGAGCGUCAAAUGCUGGAGGCAGAGGUUCAGCAGAUCGAAAACGCCCUGCAAAAUGACCCAGAACAGCCAUUGGAAGGAGUAAGGCUCCCACAUCCAGAUUCCACUCCCAAGCGGAGAAUUGCAAGGCAUAUGCGGAUCACCAAGUUCCCCAAGGUCAUUGCAAUUCACCUCUCGCGGUCCAUCUUCGACCACAGCAGCUCUACAAAAAACGCGGCAAAGGUGUCAUUCCCUGAGCGACUUCCCCUGGGAGGGAUCCUCAAUCAAAAGUGGUUCAAGCUGCUGGCGAUUGUCUGCCACAAAGGUAGCCACAACAGCGGGCACUACGAGUCGUUCCGCCGUAACCAUCUCUAUCCCCCAUUCUCCACGCCAGAUGCUUUCAGCUCCUACGCCCAGAGUCGAGCGGCAAGUGAAAAUCCUUCUCGAGCCCCCAGUCCUCGCCUAGGACCACGUAACGCGCCUGACAUGGAUCCCGGGAGGAUUAGCAUCUCAACUUCGACAUCAUCUCCUUCCCUUUCAGGAGGUUCAUUGUCGUCCCCUGCUCUUUCGACCAAGGAAUCCCCAAAGGCUGCGUCUCAAUUGAAUACUCCCUCUUCUCCACCCCCUCGGCCGACUACCUCGAGCUCCCGGGUAUCUUUCCAAAGCACCCGGUCCAAGUCGUCGAGCUCCAAACAAAACUUAUCACCGACACCUGAUCCCAGCAGCCCAACGACGGAUGGUGGCCGGCGCAAGUCCGCUGCCAGUUCCUUGCGAACCUCGAUCGAGACGUCUACAGGAGCUUCCCGGCUACGUCGUCGUCGCAAGCCGCAUGAUCGGUGGUGGCGUAUCUCGGAUGAGAAGAUUAAAGAGUGCAAGACGUCGGAUGUGUUGGGAAUGCAGAAGGAGGUGUAUCUCCUGUUUUAUGAGAUGGAGAAACCGAGCACUAGUCCCGCGGCCUAA